UUAUUAAUUUUAAGCGAUGGAAGUAUUGUCCGAUGGUAAAAACUUCAAGAUAGUGCAUGAAGAAGAGCUUCCAGAACUUUUAGACGAAUUGGAAAAAUAUUUGCCCGAUUCAAUUAAGUUCCAUCAAACCUUGAAGACUUACCUCAACGAUCGCGUUUGGGACUUCCAUUUUUACGUACCGAAAAAUUGGCCCGAAGAGAAGGUCGUCCUUCACUUUCCAGGUAUGACACAAACGCCAAACGGGAAGCUCUACGAGAGUUUCGGCGUCUUUUGCCCUUGUGAUAGCCUGGACGAUUUAGAAUUGUUGUUCAACGAGGACGUUCUAAUCGACUGGACGCAACCGAUUUAUUUAAAUUUUACGCAUGGCAAAAUCAUGGACAGGAUUCAAGAGUUUUAUGAAGACAAAGGUUCGAUGGAGUCAUUGUUGGGUGACUUUUAUGUUUUAGCGGAGAAACCUGAAGAAUACAAUAACCAGAUUGGAAAUUUUGCUGAAGAUGCAGAAAUGUUACAAUUAACCAAAGAACAUGCCCAAACAAUACACGAGUUAUACCCGGCCAAUAAUAUGGAAUCCGUCGUCGUAUUUGAAAAGUUAAUAGACCAACUACCAUGUUACGGUAUUUUUUCCGUAUCCGGUGAUUUAGCCGCUUGGAUGGUUCAAUCCUAUUACGGGGCUAUGUUUUCCAUGCAAACGAAACCCGAAUAUCGACGAAAAGGUUACGGGAUUCAUUUAGCCAAGUAUUUAACAAGCGUGGUCGCCCAAAGAGGUUAUUUACCAUUCGUCGUAAUACGUCCGGAAAACGACGCUUCGAAAGGUCUUUACACGAAGCUCGGUUUUAAGAAGAACUAUCAAACGGUUCGAGCAAUUUUAAGGCCACACGAGAUGAACAGCGACUCCCAAGGCGGUGGGACACAAAUCGAACAAAACGGGGAUGAGUAAAAUGAGGAAACGGACGAGGAAACGAGAUAAAAACAAAGUAUAUUAAAUAAAAACGAUGUUAAAAAGAUGUUGCUUUCUUCCGUUUUUAAGGUUUUUUGGGGAAUUUGUUUUGGUGAUUAAAUAGGGCUGCUUAAAACGCACACUAAUUCUUCAAAAACAAAGCUUCUUUUAUUUUAAAUAAAUUUUCCGUACUAUUGACAGGAUUUUUAAUAAUGAGGUUAAUUAGAUAUUACCUAAUAUAAGAUGAAAAUAAAAUAAACUCAGUAGUUUUUUCUCUUUAAAAUUUAAAUAAAUGAAGAGAAAAAAAGAAUAAAGCGCUUAAAAAUCAUCAUCGAUCUCAUUUAAUUAAUCCAAAAUGAUAAAUAAAUAGGGCGUUUUGUUAUUUGGGGACAGUUUUUGAUUAAAUUUUGACCUCGAGUCCUCGCCCAAAUUGAUCAUUUCGUCUUAACAUUACUGCAAAAAAAAUUAUUAUUAAUUAUUAAUUAUAACAACUACAAAAAAAAAGAAUAAAAAUUACUUUAUACUCUAUAGGAGGCUUUGGCGAACUUCCACGAAAGGCCAUUGUGAUAUUUAUAACUAGUGAAAUGCGUCUGGAAGGAACGCGUUUAUUAAUAAAAAGGAGCAAUGUUUUCUUAGAAUUUCUCAUUAAAAACUCAAUCUUUACGUUUUAUUUUCUUUCUCAAGAAGCAGACGACUCCGUCGAUAUUACAAGAACAUUUUUUGACAUAACAAAAGAGACUAAGAAAAAGAAAAUGAAACUAGGACGUACUUUCUUUCGUACUUUUUCCAAUUUUGGCCUACGUAGAAAAACAAGAAAACACACACAAAAGAAACGUUAAAAUUAAGAAGAAAGCGUUUAAGCAAGAAUCUUAAAUAAAAAAUUAUACAAGAACCUACCGAUGUUAGAGUUGACCAAAGAUUUGUAAUAUUGCUUUAAUUUUUUGUACAUUUAUUGUAACUUAUGAUUAUGUACAAAAUAAAACAAUAUUCGAAAAUUUCGAAGAUGUAUCAAUAAAGCACUAUAUUGAAUAAAAAAAUUAAAGUUUUA